UAAGGCAUGAAAAUAAUUUUAAAAACGAAGUACAAAUUGAAUUACAGAGAAUAAUAAAAUUUAAAUAAUUGUUGUAGAUUAACUUUAUGUCUAUUAAAUAAUUAAUUUUUUGUCAUAACUUUUUCAUUUUAUUUACAAAAAAUAUUAACAAGUUAUAAUUUUAUUUUCUAGUGUUAAUAAAGUAUGUAUUUUAUAUCUCGUUGCACCAAGUUGUGUAAGAGUGUAGUUCAUAAGCAUAACAAAUGCAUUUUGAAUAAAAUUCCCAGUAGAAAUGGUUAUGUUGUGUUAUUACCAGAAAUAAGUAAAGAUGUAACAGAACGAUUAAUCCAAGUGAAUAGUGACCAUCCUAAUUUUACUGGUCUAGAUUUAAAAAAAUGUGAAAAUACAAUUAACAAUCAAUUUUUAGAUUUUGAAUGUGGUAUUAGAGACAUUGAAGAUUAUAUAAGUGCUGUUGAAGAUGGGAAGUAUGAUAUAUUUAAAGAUGUGUUAGAGCCUAUUGAAAAUCUUAGUCAUCAACUAGACAAAAUGUGGGCUGUUUUAAAAACAUUGUACUUGGUUGAUAUGUCAGUAAUGCCUGCUAGAGUUUAUUAUCCUAUUCACAACAAAGCAUGUAUGUCUCAUGCUACAAAAUAUAAUAGUAAAGUAAUUUAUGAUGCUUGCAAGAAAGCAGAUUUGACACAAUUAACAGAAGAACAAGUUACAGUAAUUAAUAAAUUUUUAAAAGAAGGAAAAUUAAAUGGGCUUGAUCUCGAAGAAAAAUUAAUUUAUUCAUUUAAAGCUAAUAAGCAAAAGUGUAGUACUAAACAAAAAUAUUUUAAAAUUCGAUUAGAAAUGGCUUGGAGUCAAUUUCAACAAAUUAUUGAUAACCCACAAUUAGUAAAAGAUUUUCCAGAAGAUCUCCUUACCUUAAUGGCAUUAAAUAAAGAGAAUCCUAAGAAAAGACCUUGGAAAGUAGCAUUAACUUGGGGUACAGCUGAAAGAUUUAUAGAAUAUUGUCCUGAUAGAGAUAUACGUUGGAAUGUGUGGCAAGCUUAUGAAAAAGCUGCUUCACCUGAUGAUUCCUUAAAAGAGCUAAAUAAUGGUUUGGAAGUUGAGGAAAUAAGAAAAUUGAGAAAAACACAUUGGAAUGAUUUAGUGAAAGAUAUGUGGAAUGAUUACUAUGCAUUCCCAUUAAGUAAAUGGAAUAGUUUUCCGUGUAGAUUUUCAGAAGUUAUGUCCUCUGAACAAGGUGCUUGUAGUUAUUAUUCUAAUAUAUGGUCUAGAAUAAUUGCUGCAGAUGUUUUUCAGUCAUUUAGGGUAUCUGAUGAACCUAUAAAGAACACAGGAAUUAGUUUUAGAGAUACCUUUUUUGCAUUUGGUGGUAGUUGUCCUACAGGAGAAAUUUUCAGACGUUUUAAAGGACGUGACCCUUGCUCUAAAGCUUUUAUUAGUGACCUCGGACUUAACAAACUUGAUAAAUAGAUGUGUAACUUUAGCUAAAAACUUAUUUGUAUUAAAUUUAAAUCAUACUAAUUAUCUACUUGAAUAACUUAAUAAUUAAUUUUUGCAAUAUUAUUUUUUCAAAAAUAAUAAUAAUAAAAUAAAUUAUAAUGUUAAAAUAAUAUGAAUAUAUUUUUUUUUAA